AUGGGACGUUUCAACACCAGUUUGGACAGAGGCUUCAUUUUGAUAGGCUUCUCAGAUUGGCCUCAAUUAGAACUCAUUUUCUUUAUUUCUAUUUUGAUUUUCUACUCCUUAACUCUCUUUGGCAACACCACCAUCAUUGUUCUCUCAAGACUGGACCCUCGACUGCACACUCCCAUGUACUUCUUCCUCUCCCACCUCUCCUUCCUGGACCUCUGCUACACCACCAGCACUGUGCCCCAGCUCCUGGUCAAUAUUGAGGGACAUGACCACACCAUCACCUAUGGAGGGUGUGUGGUCCAGCUCUUCAGUGUCCUUGCUCUGGGCUCCACUGAGAGUUUGCUUCUGGUGGUGAUGGCCUUCGACCGUUAUGCUGCUGUGUGUUGUCCACUGCACUACACGACCAUUAUGUACCCUAAGCUGUGCCACACAUUGGCUAUCAUCUCCUGGAUGGGAGGCCUGAUGAACUCUCUGACCCAGACAGGACUCAUGAUGGCCAUGCCUCUCUGUGGCUAUCAAAUGAAUCAUUUCUUCUGUGAGAUGCCUGUGUUCCUCAAGUUGGCUUGUGAAGACACAGGAGGAACAGAGGCCAAGAUGUUUGUGGCCAGAGUUGUGAUUGUUGCAAUUCCAGCAGCUCUGAUACUAGGUUCGUAUGCAAACAUUGCAAGGGCAGUGAUGAAGGUCAAGUCAGUGGCUGCUCACAGAAAGGCUUUUGGAACCUGUGGGUCCCACCUCCUGGUGGUUUCUCUUUUUUAUGGCUCAGCCAUCUACACGUACUUACAACCCAAGGGCAGUUAUUCUGAGAGCAAAGGAAAAUUUGUGGCCCUUUUUUAUACUGUAAUCACCCCCAUGCUCAAUCCUCUGAUUUACACCCUGAGGAACAAGGAUGUGAAGGGGGCUCUGUGGAAGGUGCUGGGGAGAGGCACAAACACAAGGUAG